CGUUCCAAUUCUAUACCAUCUUCUCAAAGUUGAGCACAUCCGAAAGAACUUUGCAUCCGUUGAAGAACUGAGAUAUAAUGGCGAACUCGGUUCCAACUUCGAUGAGAAAAAGAGAUUAAGACUUUUGGAACGAGCCUUAGAAUACGAACAAGAUGCUCGAGCUGCUCUUUCCCUUGAGCUUGAGAAGGAAAGAAAUCACAUGAGGCUAUGGCUAUGAUCUUACGUCUACAAGAGGAGAAGGCAUCUAUUGAAAUGGACGCCCGGCAAUACCAGAGAUUAAUUGAAGAGGAAAUGAACGUUCUAACGGAGAUCCUGGUGCGGACAGAGAGGGAGAAACACUUUUUGGAGAAGGAACUUGAAGUGUAUAGGCAGAUGUCUUAUCUUGGAAAUGAGGAAUCAACAGUUGAUAGUGGGAUUUUAGCGGAUGCUCUAAGACGUGCUGAUGCUUCAUCCGAUCCUACUGAGGAUCCAGUUCUUAUGCUUCAUCAGAUUAGUACAUCGUUUGAGGCAGAAAACAGGAAUUCCGUGGAGGUAAUUUCUGUUGAUAAUAAAAGUUAUACUGCUUUGGGGGGAAAGGCACCAAUACAAAAACAGAAUAAAGAUGCCAGCUCCCAAAAGCAAGUUGACCUAAGAGAGCAUUCUUAUAGCAGCCAAGAAUUUCAGGAGAAAGAGAUGGUGCUUAUGGUUAACACCUCUGAUGUAAACCAGAAGCUUCCUGAUCAUGCCAUUUCGCUUGGAGGGGAAGUGCUAAAAGAAAAUCCAGAUACAGAAACCUGUGAAAGAGCUUGUAUUAAUGUUUCUGGAAAAGACAAGUGUUUGAAGUAUCAUGAGACGGAUGGAUAUCAGGGAUUAAAAUGUCCAUGUAAUUUGACCUUGGAUAAAGAACCUCAUGUUUAUGAUGUUCAUGUCAUUAUUAAUAAGUUUAUACAUAUUUCUUUUAACUAA